GGGUUCUCUUGGCAGUCACCAUGAGGGCGCUGCUCCUGCUCUGCUGCUUCCUGGCCUCGCUCCUGCUCUCGGGACAAGCAGAACUGCAAGUCCCUGCUUCGGGUGGCACAGAAGAUGUUGGCAAUUUGUUGGAGAAUCAUUUCUCUGCUGGAGACGCAAGUCUAGAGGAGAAAGAAAGGGUGCUAUAUGCAGAUGCGGCCCUUCAAGACAAGAAUCUGCUCCUUCACUACCCAGACAGCAGGGAGGCUGAGAGCUCAGAGCAGACCACCGCCGGGGUCCCUCCCACUGCCACCAGCCCAGACUCUGAGCCUGAAGCCACCCUCUCCAAUGCCUCAGCUGCAGAAGCAGCUCCACCUGGGGAUGUUAUGGGGCCUGGGAAGGAAGAGGAGGGCCCAUCAGGGGCAGGCAUCUUUCCUCUGGGAGAGGAUGAGGGGCCUGUGGAAGAGGACAGGCUAAAGCUCAUUUCAGGAGGAGGGGAGGAGGCAGCUGGGCUGGGGCUCCCUACAGCAGGAGCUGUCAGUGGGAAGACAGAAGGACAGGUGGGGAGUGGUGAGGUUCCCCAAGAAGAUGAGGAAGUCCUAAGAGACAGUCCCGUGCAGGAAGCAGCAGCAGGAACAGAAGAGCCUGAAGCCAUUGGGACCUUUCCUAGCUUAGAGGGUGAAGAGUUUCACACCCCAGAGGUAGAAAGUGUGGGCAUCCCAGGGCCUGAUCAUCACUCUGCAGAGCAAGAUGGGCAUGCAGUGACUGCAGAGGAGUCAGAGGCUGACACAGAUAUAGAAGCUAGGGAGGGAGCUGAGGACCAGCUCCCACCCCAGGUCCAUGCCUUGGAGGCAGAAGGCAAGAGCAGCCCUGGGCCUGAUCACCAGCCUACAGAGCUAGAUGGUGAUGCCACAUCUGCAGAAGAGUCAGAGGCUGAUAUGGGGACAGAAGGUGGGGAGGGGGCUGAAGACCAGUCCCAACCCCAGCCCCAGGCCCAUGCACUGGAAACAGAAGAUGAGGGCAACCCAGGGCCUGAUCACCAGCCCACAGAGCUAGAUGGAGCCCCUGAUGCUGCAAUUGUGGGAGUAGAGUUGGAACCUGGUGUGGACACAGAAGCCAGGGAAGGGGCUGAGGACCAGGGGGAGCCAAGCCCCAUCCAAGAGGCUGGGCCAGCCACGGAGGUCAGUGAAGAGUCUGGGGGUGUUCAGAGCUCCAGGCCUGGGGAGACUGAUGAGGACCGCUCCCCUAAGGCUCAGGUGCCAGGGAUGCCUGUGGAGGCCUCUGAUGAGGCCUCCUCUGAAGAAGCUGAUGGUGAAGAAGGUAGAAGUGAGGAGGAAGGAGUAGUUCCAUCCCAAGAAGAGUCUGGAGAAGACAGUGGCGAGGGGGCUAGCUCAGAAGAAGAGGGGGAAUCUGAGGAGGCUGAGCUCCAAGAAGCAACAGAAACCACAGAUCACGAGGAGGAAGGAGCUCAGCUCGGCACAGAGGAACUGAAUAUAGGGUCUGAGGGUGGCAAGACGCAAGAUCCUGAGGCAGAGGAGCCUGAAGAGGGACGUCAGGGGAGGGGGAAUCCCAUAAUUGCUGCACAGGAAGAGACAGAGGAUGUGAGUGAAGAAGCCCCAAUGAGGGACCGCUCCCACAUCGAGAAGACCUUGAUGCUAAAUGAGGACAAGCCAGCUGAUGAUUAUUCAGCAGUGUUGCAGCGGCUUCGAAAGAUCUACCAUACAUCCAUCAAGCCCCUGGAGCAGUCUUACAAAUACAAUGAGCUUCGGCAGCAUGAGAUCACAGAUGGGGAAAUUACUUCUAAGCCAAUGGUGUUGUUCCUUGGACCGUGGAGUGUUGGUAAAUCCACCAUGAUAAACUACCUCCUUGGGUUGGAAAACACUCGCUACCAGCUCUAUACAGGUGCUGAGCCCACCACCUCUGAGUUCACAGUCCUCAUGCACGGGCCCAAACUGAAAACGAUUGAGGGUAUUGUCAUGGCUGCUGACAGUGCCAGGUCCUUUUCACCCCUGGAGAAGUUUGGCCAGAAUUUCCUAGAGAAGCUCAUUGGCAUUGAGGUUCCCCACAAGCUUCUGGAGCGGGUCACUUUUGUGGAUACACCUGGCAUCAUUGAGAACCGCAAGCAACAAGAAAGAGGCUACCCCUUCAAUGAUGUGUGCCAAUGGUUCAUCGACAGAGCUGAUCUCAUUUUUGUUGUCUUUGACCCUACCAAGCUGGAUGUGGGUCUGGAGCUGGAGAUGCUCUUCCGCCAGCUGAAGGGACGUGAGUCCCAGAUAAGGAUCAUCCUGAACAAAGCUGACAACCUGGCCACACAAAUGCUAAUGCGUGUGUAUGGAGCCCUCUUCUGGAGCUUGGCUCCUCUCAUCAAUGUCACAGAACCCCCAAGGGUUUACGUUAGUUCCUUCUGGCCACAAGAUUAUAAACCCGACACCCACCGGGAACUGUUCCUCAAAGAAGAGAUCUCCCUCCUGGAAGACCUGAACCAGGUGAUUGAGAACAGGUUGGAGAAUAAGAUUGCCUUCAUCCGCCAGCAUGCCAUCCGGGUCCGCAUUCAUGCCCUGUUGGUUGACCGCUAUCUGCAGACUUACAAAGACAAAAUGACCUUCUUCAGUGAUGGUGAACUGGUCUUUAAAGACAUUGUGGAAGAUCCUGAUAAAUUCUACAUCUUCAAGACUAUUCUGGCAAAGACCAAUGUCAGCAAGUUUGACCUUCCCAACCGUGAGGCUUAUAAGGACUUCUUUGGCAUCAACCCCAUUUCCAGUUUCAAACUCCUCUCUCAGCAGUGCUCCUACAUGGGAGGAUGCUUUCUGGAGAAGAUUGAGCGGGCCAUCACCCAAGAGCUCCCCGGCCUCCUGGGUAGCCUUGGGCUUGGGAAGAAUCCAGGUGCUCUCAACUGUGACAAAACAGGGUGUGGUGAAACCCCAAAGAAUCGCUACAGGAAGCACUAGGUUGUGUGUAGCCAUUCUUGGGUUCCCAUUGGUGAAUGAGCUUGUGUCCUAACUGUCUAAGAGGUCCUGGUUUAACCCUUUGAGCCACACUGGUGAGAAUCAGUAAGCGUUGGAGAUUUGGGAGUUUGUUGAGGCUGGUGGUGGGGGAAGGUGCAUGGGUCUAGGGAGGAGAGUGGAAACUGUGAAUCAUAGUUUGCUUGUCUUGUUGCUGCAGUUAGGGAACCUGACUAAGUCAGGCUCCACUUGCUUUUCCUGGGUCCUGUCUUAGAGGGACAGAAAGCAGCCAAAUUCUAGUGUAUACAAAAAUCAAUGAGGUCAAAUAAGCUAAAUGCAGCUGAAAUUCCUUUCCCCCCAGUAUUCUGGGUGGAUAAUGAAGCCUGAGUUAUAUACACUUCUCAGGUCUGUGCUGGCUCCUUCCAUAUAGUCUUCUGUUUGUUCUCCAGCCUUCCUUUUCUCCCUCCCAAGCUUGGGUUGGCUUUCAACAAUGGGAAAUCUCUCGGGUCUGAAUCUACCUGAGUUCUGAGUCUGUCCCAAGGUCCUCUUCCCUGUUUCUUCAGGGGUUGGGGUCAUGGGUAGGAUACCUGAACACUAAGAACCAGAGUUCCCAGGUUAGGAUGAAGAUCUGUCCCCCUCAGCACCAUUUCUUUGAUGUCUCACCUAGGGAGCUCAGAGCCUUCCUUGGCCUGAAGACAAUGAGUGGGCAGAGUAUUCAGGUAAUUCCCCUCUUAGAAAUGACAUAAAUGAAGGUCCUGAAAGGGCUCAGGGGGUUAAUUGGUUUGCAGUGUGUCUUUGUCUAUUGCAUGUCUUGGAAAACUCAGAUCCCAAAAGUGUUGGGUUUCAGAGUGGUCAGUGGAGACCCUGAUCCUUGUCCUUAGGGACUUCUCUGGGCAGCCAGCCUCUCCCAAAUUUAGGAGGAGGCUGUUUCCACAAGUGCUCCAUGGGAGCAUUUGGCAGAGGAGUUGUUCCUUCUGGUUCCUUCUACUAUGGCUUUUCCUUUCCUUUUUUCUCCAUUCCCUGAUGCACCAACACUUAAAACUAGGAGAACUUUCCUAGAAUCAGAACUAAUACCAGCCAUUCAGCAUUGGUGACAACUAAGCCUUAAAGUUAAGCUUCACCUGCACCUGUUGUGGAUAGUUGCUGAAUGUACCACAGAAUGGCUACAGCCUCAAACAACAAUGCAUGUGAAUCCAUGGGUACAUUGCCUAGGAGAGAUUAGAGAGGUGAUAUACCCAAAGGCACAGAGAAAGAACUCAUCUUGAGAAUCCUGCAAGGCUGGCAGGCACUGCCACCUCAGAGGGGACAUGGGAGGGGGCACCCUGGAGGAUGGGGUCCUCCAGAAGGAGUGCACACACCAUCCCAGGGCUGCCUCCACGGGCUCCUUUCAGUACAGCCAGUCUCCCCUCAUGGGGGACAAGCCUUUCUGGGGGUCUUAACUACCAGGCGUGGGUUGGAUCCAGCAGCACCAGGAAGUCAUCUGUACCAGAAGGAAAGUGGAUAGGAAGGCUGAGCAAGAGGUCCUCUGAAGAUCAGCCAGUGUAAGUGGAUUGGUGACCAGAUGGGGUCCUCACAGAGAACUGCAGUUUAGGAGUUCACGUUUCUCAAAAUUCUUAGCAAUCCAGAGCCUGCUGCAAGAGGCUUUGUGAAUGGCCUCCCAUGAUACCUCCUCUGAUCAAGACCUCCCACAAGAGAACCAAAGUAUCCAAAGUCAUCAGGAUGUGCUUUCCAAAAAGCAAGUCAACUGGAAAAGAAAAGCAAGUUCUGUAAAGGGUGUCCACAGAGCCUGGUAGCUGGGGCAGAGAAGCCACAAUCUAUCUUGAACUUUUUUUCCCAUUAAAACAAAUAACCAAUCCCCUUGCCUCAUUAUUACUUUUCCCUCUUGGGGGACCGUCCCUUUUUCCUUUGAGCUCCUCAUGCCCAUCUGCUGCUUUUGGUGUAUCUGUUUUUUCUCAGUGCAGUCAGGGAAAUAAAAAAUGCAGAACUGUAUGGGUUUGUCAUAGCUGUCAAUGUCACCAUUGCUUUGGGGAAAUGGGUGGAACAAGUCUAAUAAACUCAUGAAAUAUUUGUACUUUG